CGGUAGGGUCGGGAGGGUGGCUGAGGCGGGCGCCGGGGCCGCCUGCGGCUUAACUCCGAUUCCGCGGGCGGGCGGUGUCGUCUGCAGUGACGCCAGCAGCAUCCGCGUUCCUUGGGUGCCUGAAGAUAACCCAGAGAGCAGAGACGUGCUGAGAAGAGUGUGCUGGGGAUGCUCUAGGGAAAGACUAACGCUGAGGCGAGCUCCAGGCCCAGGUGUCGAUUUGCCUGGAAGAAAGCUGUCGUCAUGGACCAGAACAGCAGCCUGCCACCGUAUGCUCAGGGCCUGGCCUCCCCUCAGGGCGCCAUGACCCCCGGGAUCCCCAUCUUCAGCCCCAUGAUGCCAUACGGCACAGGGCUGACCCCGCAGCCGAUCCAGAACACCAGCAGCCUGUCUGUCCUGGAGGAGCAGCAGCGGCAGCAACAGCAGCAGCAGCAGCAGCAGCAGCAGCAGCAGGCGGCGGUGACGACGGUGACAGCGGUCACAGCCGCCGCGCAGCAGGCAGCAGCCCAGCAGGCGACUCAGGGCACCUCGGGCCCCACACCGCAGCUCUUCCACUCACAGACUCUCACGACUGCGCCCUUGCCAGGCACCACGCCCCUGUACCCCUCGCCCAUGACUCCCAUGACCCCCAUCACGCCCGCCACACCCGCUUCCGAGAGCUCUGGGAUCGUGCCCCAGCUGCAAAAUAUUGUAUCCACCGUGAAUCUUGGUUGUAAACUUGACCUAAAGACCAUUGCACUUCGUGCCCGAAAUGCUGAAUAUAAUCCCAAGCGGUUUGCUGCUGUGAUCAUGAGAAUACGAGAGCCCCGGACCACCGCCCUGAUAUUCAGCUCCGGGAAAAUGGUGUGCACAGGGGCCAAGAGCGAAGAGCAGUCCCGACUAGCAGCCAGGAAGUACGCCCGAGUCGUUCAGAAGCUGGGCUUCCCGGCCAAAUUCUUGGACUUCAAGAUUCAGAACAUGGUGGGGAGCUGCGACGUGAAGUUCCCGAUUCGGCUGGAGGGCCUUGUGCUGACCCACCAGCAGUUCAGCAGUUACGAGCCAGAGCUAUUUCCUGGUUUAAUCUACAGAAUGAUCAAGCCCAGAAUUGUUCUCCUUAUUUUUGUUUCUGGAAAAGUUGUAUUAACAGGUGCUAAAGUCAGAGCAGAAAUUUAUGAAGCGUUUGAGAACAUCUACCCGAUCCUAAAGGGCUUCCGGAAGACGACAUAGUGGCCGUGGACGCCUGCCUCCCCGCCCGCUGGUUUUGUAAAACAAAUCAGUUUGGGCACAGUGACAGUGGUGGUGGUGGGGAUGGCCCCCCUGGGCUGUGGGUGGCAGCCGGCGUGUGUCCGAGGGCAUGCUGGGAGGGGUGCACCUCCUGCACAGAGGACCCCCCCCCACACACACACACACACACACACGCAGGGGCGGUGCUGCCCGUUAUUUAUAUUUAGAUUUUAAACACUUACUGCUGUUGACAAGUUGGCUUAAGGGACAAAACUUUAGUAUUAGAGCCACCUCUACAAUUGACUGGACUUUUUGUUUGAUUUCUUCCCCUUAAACCACAGUUUUUAUAUUUCUACCAGAGCAGUAAAAAUCUUUUUUAAAAGUGUUGUUUUUCUAAUUUGUAACUCCUAGGGUUAUUUUUGUGCCAGACACAUUCCACCUUUCAGUAUUGCAGGACAGAACAGGUGUGUUAAUGAGAACGAACAGCUGUAAAUAUUUUCUCUCUUCACAGUACUCUGUACAAUAAAUGCUGUUUAUAAAGUGUUAGGUUGAUGUUAUAAAUGGUGCCCUGUAAGGUCCAUGUGAUCAUACUGUUAAAAAGUUGUAUUUUAGAUAUAAUGCCUGAAACCGUUUCA